CCCGACCGACCUCCCGACGCAGCGGUGCUACUAUUCAAGUGAAUAACCUUAAAAAACAGGGCUGAGCUUCUGUCUCCGGUGUUUUCUCGGCUUCCCAUUCGGUUUUUGGAUCCACUUCCGACGCGAAAUGAAGCACCUAUUAAUGGAGUAACAACCUGGCAGUCAAUUAAUCGCCCCUAUCUUUUCUUGCAACAUUGUUGCAGCGUCGCGGCUAUUGACACGCGCUGUGGCUGUGCUGCUGCUGGUGGUUAGGCUGCUGGAGGGACCGGAGGCCUGUGGUCGUUUUGAUCCUGGACUGAUGUUUUGGGCCACUUGAGUUUUAAUGUUCGCGACGGAAAGCGGGGGAAAUCUCUGUCCUGUAUUUAAAACGGAACAUGUCUUUUUCAUGGCUGACUUGUUCACUUCUUCUGGGAACUUUAUGCGCAGGGUACAGUCUUGGCGAAGCAGAGACCCGGGAGUGUGUGUACUACAAUGAUAACUGGCGUUCAGAGAGGACCAACCAGAGCGGCUUCGAGCGCUGCGAGGGGGAAAAGGACAAGCGACUGCACUGUUAUGCCUCCUGGCUCAACUCCUCAGGGACCAUCAAACUGGUGAAGAAAGGCUGCUGGCUCGAUGACUUCAACUGCUAUGACAGGCAAGAGUGUGUCUCCAUGGAGGAAAACCCUCAGGUGUUCUUCUGCUGCUGCGAGGGCAACUACUGCAAUGAACGUUUCACCCACCUCCCCGACAUGAUUGGCAGUGGCAACCGAGUGAAAAUCCAGCCUCCACCCCGAGUACCGUCCCUGCUCAGUGUGCUGGUGUACUCCCUGCUCCCGCUCUGCGUGCUGUCCCUGGCCCUCGUUCUGGCCUUGUGGAUGUACCGCCACCGCAAGCCUCCCUACGGCCAUGUAGACCUGAGUGAGGAUCCAGCACCAGCCCCUCCAUCCCCCUUGGUGGGUUUAAAACCAUUGCAGCUGCUAGAAAUCAAAGCCAGGGGGCGCUUUGGUUGUGUUUGGAAGGCCCAAUUAAUGAAUGAAUAUGUUGCUGUUAAGAUCUUCCCAGUUCAGGAUAAGCAGUCAUGGCAAAAUGAGCGAGACAUAUUCUUGACCCCAGGGAUGAGACAUGAAAACAUCUUGCGUUACAUUGCUGCAGAGAAACAUGGAACCAACAUGGAAACCGAGUUAUGGCUUAUCACGGAAUUUCACGAGAGGGGAUCCUUGACAGACCACCUGAAGGGCAACACUGUGACCUGGACAGAGCUGUGUCACAUAGCAGAGACCAUGUCCCGCGGUUUGGCCUACCUCCACGAGGACAUUCCCAGUUACAAAGGAGAGGGGCCCAAACCCACAAUUGCACACAGGGACUUCAAGAGUAAGAAUGUGUUACUACGAGAUGAUUUGACUGCAGUCAUUGGAGACUUUGGGCUUGCUGUACGAUUUGAGCCAGGAAAACCUCCUGGGGAUACUCAUGGACAGGUGGGUACAAGGCGUUACAUGGCUCCAGAGGUGCUGGAGGGAGCCAUCAACUUUCAGCGAGACUCCUUCCUGAGGAUAGACAUGUAUGCUAUGGGCUUGGUGCUGUGGGAGCUGGUGUCCCGCUGUUCAGACACAGAUGGAACAGUUGGCGAGUACAUGCUGCCAUUUGAGGAUGAAAUAGGCCAGCAUCCCUCCCUGGAGGAUCUGCAGGAUGUGGUGGUGCACAAGAAGUUGCGUCCAGUCAUCAAGGACUCCUGGCUCAAGCAUCCUGGGCUGAGCCAGAUGUGUGAGACCAUUGAGGAAUGCUGGGACCACGACGCAGAGGCACGACUGUCUGCGGGCUGCGUCGAGGAGCGCAUCAGCCAGAUUGCCAGGACGAUAGGCAGCACUACCUCAGACAGCCCCAUCUCCCUAGUCACGUCUCUCAUCAACGAGGACCUACCUCCCAAAGAGUCCAGCACCUAAACGGGUGACACCAUCCUUCACCUGAGCUCCUGACUUUUUGUUUUUCAAACCCAAACUCAGCGGAUCUCCGUGAAUAUUUAAAAAAAUAUAU